AACCAAUAUUAGAAUGAAAUUAUAAUACGAUGAUUAAAUGUAGAAGUGUAUAGAAUUUCCAAUUGAAUGUGAUGAAAGUAAGAUGAAGAGUGGGGUUGGAUACAAUUUAGCGGCUUACUCAACAAAUCAUCAACAGUUCGUCAUGACGACAAAUCACGGACAGAUAAACGUUGAAAAAUCUUGUUUCAAGUUCUUUUUUAUUGAUUAUUGCUCUUCUUAUCACACAGUAUCAUAAAACAAAAAAGUUUUGUCAAUUCGUGUCUACUAUUAAAAUUUUAAACACUUUUUUUUCAUUUUUUUAAUUUUUUAAUGCUAACAUAUCGUGCUUUGAAAUUUUCCUUCUUCAAUCGUGCAUGCCGCGUCCUUCGUAAAACUCGCUAUACGUCAUAAAGCAAUGACGUAGAAUUAUGAAACGACAAAAGACGAAGCGAGAACUCAAGUGAAUUAACCGAUAUUUAACAUUUCAUUCGUUUAUCUAUAUUUGUGAUGCACAAUAACGUAUCGUAUAUUUUUUUUGUGUUACAUAUUUUUAUGAAUCGAAGUUUCAAUUUCAAUUUCGAACUUUAAUAACAACGUAGUGUCAUCGGCACUAGUAUUUGCAGUAGUGUUCGUACGUAGUGCGAUAGAAUCAUUAUGAAAUAUGAAACGUAUAUUUUGUGAACAAACUUUCAAAAUCAGAAUUUGCGCAUCGCAUAUUCUAAUAAGUAAUAUAAUGAGUAAUAUAAUAGUGUAAUGAGUAAUAUGUAUAAACAAUUUCAAAAUCAAAAAAUUUUGAAAGAAUUUUCUUUAUCUAUAUUAUUUUUCGGAGUGACAAGGAAAAUUCAUCCAUAAAGACGCCAUGUUACAAAUUAAUGGUCAAAAGCAUUGAAAAAGUGAUUGCAAGCAAUGGAAACAAUGAUUUAUGUGAGUGCGUUGGUAUGGUGACAUCGGUGCAACAGCAUCAACGAACGUUAUCGGACGAGAACCAGGAUAAAAUAAGUAAUAUCUCCAUUGAAGAUCGUAAUAUCGAAAACUGUCAGAACGAGAUAGUGCAUUCUGUCAAAGAUAGCACGGUCAGCAUUACCGAAAAUGACAGCAUUGCCGAUUCGUCUACGCAGUGCAGUAACGUAGAAGACGAUAAUGAUAAUGAAACGGAUAUCGAGGAAGGAGAUUGGAUACCUGAUUUACCUGUACCAACGGUAUUUCAACAACAUCAAGAAGUAACAACCGCAGAUGGCAAUAUAGUGUUACCUAAUGCAGACAUUUCAAAUUUUGGUAAUGUGCGCGUAAAGAAUUCGACUAAUGUGCAUCUUGGUAAUAAGACCUUUUAUAAGGGUCCAGUGACAAUAAAACAAUUCGUUUACACGAAUCCGACUUCAAUACAGGAUCUUGAUACGGUGAAGAAUAAUAAUAUUAUAGGAUCGGAUACCAACACAUCUGACUUGUCAACUGCUAAAGGAGAGUCGACUGCGAAGAACUCAAUUUUAUCACAAAAUCCUGAUCUCGUAACAAAAUGGUUGCGGACUUGGCGAUAUGCAGCGUUUUUGUGUAUUCUAGCUUUAAUUCUUGUAAUUAUUAUGGUCAUCGUCAGUAUAUAUUUUACACGUAAUUCUGCUAUUCCGCCAGCCGUAGUUUUUCCGGAAAUACCAGAUUCUUUAUUUGGAGAUAAGAUAAAAAAUAUCCGUUUUAUUGAACGAAAUGAAUGGGGUGCUCAACCACCUACAACACAAUUAACAAAGAUGAAACUUCCGGUACCGUAUGUGAUUAUAAGUCAUACAGCAACACAAUUUUGUAACACACAAUCGGAGUGUACAUUUUAUGUUCGAUUUGCACAAACGUUUCAUAUUGAAUCUAGAAAUUGGUCAGAUAUCGGUUACAACUUUCUUGUUGGUGGCGACGGAUAUGUAUAUGUUGGUCGCAGUUGGGAUUAUAUGGGUGCUCAUGCAUUUGGAUAUAAUAACAUAAGUAUAGGUAUUUCUUUUAUUGGAACAUUCAAUACGGUAAAACCACCUAAACAACAGUUAUACGCUGUGCAAAAACUUAUCGAAUUAGGAGUAGAAAAAGGAAAAAUUGCGCCAGACUAUAAAUUAUUAGGACAUCGUCAAGUUUCUCGAACUGUAAGUCCAGGUGAUGCAUUAUAUAGUGUUAUUCAAACUUGGCCUCACUGGUCAAAAGAACCAUAAAAAAAAUUAUUUUUUUUUGUAUCAGUGAUAUUUCGAAUUUUUCAUUUUUAUUAUAAAAAUUCCGAUGGAUAUUUAUUUGUUUACAUAACUUUACUAUGUGACAAU